AUGGUUAUUUUGUUUGUUUCACUGUUGUUUUUCCCGACAAGAAUAUUAACGCAGCACUCAGAUACUGUGGUCGGCUGUGGUGGCUUUAUAAGAUGGAAAGAAGCUCAUCCCGAUUCUGUACUUGAUUUCAAAAAGCUGAAAAUAAGUCUGUUCUCAGAAACUACUAGCACAUUAAAAGACGUAACCGAUGUUCUCCCUAACGGAGCUUAUUCCGUUCCGUUAUAUGAUGAGGGUGUUUACAGAAUUAGGUUAACUACUCCUGAAGGUUGGCAUAUUGAACCGUCGGAUGGCUACCUUUUGGACCUCGAGAAAGAUCCGAGAGCUUGUUUCAAAGAUUUUGACUUCAGCAUAGUUGGAUUCUCAAUUUUCGGGCAGGUAACUACUUCCGGAAUGAAGACUGGUCCACCUGGUUUAUCAGUUCGAUUAACUGACCCUACCUCUCAUAAACCAAUGCUUCAUAAUUCUACACAGAAUCGAGGUUAUUUUAUGAUAUCUCCUGUGACUCCUGGUAACUAUUUAUUGACCGUCAGCAAUCAAGAUCGUAGUGAUAAAGAUCAUACAAGAGCAUCUAUCAAUAUUAAUGUCCAGUCAGAUAGUAUCAACUUGCCAGAACCAAUCAUUUUACUUGGUCAUUUUCUCCGUGGACGUGUGACAGACUUCAAUCAGAAUCCUUUGGUCGAUGCAAAAGUUUUCCUGUUACAUGAUAAAGAUAAGACAUUGUCGAAAUCCUCUACCACUCUAGACAAGUCAGUAUAUUCAUAUAUAGUCGAAGCACUUGGUGAAAUGCAUUAUAAAUUUUUAACAAUACAAGAGUCUUCAACAGACUCAGAUGGCUCUUUUACGUUUGAUCGUCUACCGGGCGGCAGUUAUCUUCUUGUACCUUUAUAUACACCUAAGAAGUCCGGGGCCGUUUUCUCAUUUACUCCGAAAUUUCUCCCGAUAGCAAUGGAGCAUACAGAUGUGGAUCUUGGGCUUGACACAUUUACAUUGCAAAGCUUCAAACUUAAUCCAGGACGUAUUAUGUGGCCGAACGGUGUUCCAAUAUCAUCAGCUAAAAUUACAAUUACUACUAGUACAUCACAACAAUCUGUAUUAACAGAUGGUAAUGGGUUUUAUCAAUUGAAUCACAUAACUGCAGGAGACUAUAAAUUUCAGGUCGAAGUAGUAAACGCUUUCUUUGAAACUCGUUCAAUAAAUCUAAAUCACUUACUAGAAUCUCUUCCCAACUUAGUUCCUGACAAGGUUUCUGUAUGUGGAAACUUGAUCCCAGCUGAUACAUCAUCAGAUUUAAAACUUAAACUAUACAUCGUUGUUCGUAGUGUUGACAACAAUUCUGAAAUCAGUCGAGUUGAAACAAAUCUAGAAGAUGGGAUAUUUAAAUUCUGUGCUUUUCUUAAUCCUGAACGUUAUUUAUUGCAUCCAGAUGUUUCAUUGUUUGGAGUAAAUCAACAUUCUAAUAAAAUACUGCGAUUCACUCCUUCGGAAAUAAUGGUUGAUCUAACUGGUUCUCCUGUAGUCAAUGUAACAUUUUCUCAGUUUCGUGCUAAAUUGUUUGGGAGAAUUAAUUGUUUACUUCCAUGCUCUUAUUACAAGACACCGUUAUAUGCUCAAUUGACUUUACUGCAUUCAAAUACAAUUCAGCCAAAACUAUAUGAAUUUAUACCUAGUAAAACUGACUUGCAUGUAGCUUUUUUCAAAGCUGAAGAGAUGCUUCCAGGUGAUUACGCUAUUCAGGUUGUUUUCUAUACGGGCUCUUCACUUACUACAAUAGACAGUUGGUGCUGGGAUCACCAUGAAAAGACAGAUAGUGGGGAAUUUCAACCGCUUGAAUCAUCCAAGAGAAUUCUUCAUAUACGUUCGGAUGAUUUACAUUACGAUAAUGAAUCAGCUCUUCGUUUUCGUCAAACCGGGUUUCUUAUUCCAGUACAAUUUGAAUUACCGAAUUAUGUUACACGAGUGCCUAAUGUGCUUUUGUUUGCUUCAAAUUACCUCAAGGAGAAUAAUACGACAAUUAAAAGUUCCAUAAUAUGGAAUUUAACUAAAACAUGUAACAGAAUUUGUCUACCUUCACCUGAAAAAGUUUAUAAAAUUAGCUUAUCUAGCACAUGCACUCGAGUUAGACUAUUACAAACCGCUGAAAUAAAUCCAUCAAAAGAUUGUCACCUUACACUGAAUUCUAGCGCUACGAUCCGUAUCGGCGUAGAAAAACUGCCUGUUGUUAUACAUCUAAAACUCGAUGAACUGGCCGCAAAAUUUUUCGAUGAUCUAAAGGAAAUUUUCGAUUCUCCUUAUUCAUUCCAAAUAGAAGAUUUUACUUCCAAUACAUCUGUAAUACCUCGAUCAAAACUAGUUGAAACAUUUUGGUCUAAAUCAUCUCAAAACAUCGAAGCCUUAUCUGCAACAGGAGUGUUCUGGCUUAAUAUCAGAAACACAAUUCGCGUUACUCCUCAGUCACUGAAUUUAAAGCAAAAUCAUAUGGUUCAUUUGAUAACAUAUCCAUCUGGUCAAGAUAUUAAUCUUCAAUCUGACUCUGAACAACAACAAAAACAAAUUGAUGAUAUUUCAUGUAGUUUAACAAUCCCUAUAGUUAGACCCUCUAAAUCUACUGUAAAUGAUGUACAUUCAUUAUGUAUGUCACUUUUUGUUGGACAAAAUGUUGAAUUCAUCCUCACGAUCGCUGUCAAUCUUAGAGGUCGUAUCGAUCCACCUACUGAGGGGGUUAAUAUUGAAUUAUUCAAGAAAUCGCCUCAAAUGUCAGAAAAGUUUCCAACUUCUGUCGAACACGAUCAUCUCUUACUACCUGUGAAUAGUGAAUCCGAAUCGGUAACUAAAACAGUAAAAGAAACCAACUCAUCUGAACCAAUUGCAGUCACUCAGUCGAAUAGUCAAGGUUUAUUCUCUUUCAAUGCUCUACCUUUAACAGAUUACGAAGUAUUCAAUAUUAAAUCUAUAUUUGAGGUUUCUAAAAUGUAUCAGAUUUUAUUAUCUAAAGCUGGUUACAGGUUCGAUAUCAUUAAUAAAACAGAUGUUAAACACCAAUUGACAGGUUUCGACUGGUAUGUAAAAUCAACUAGACUUUCGCUUGUUGAAGUGUUUGUCUAUAACUAUCCUAUUUCAGAGGAUUCACGUCAACCAUUAUCAGCUGUAUUAAUUUCCAUUAUUGGAGAAGGACAUCGUGCAAAUCAUUUAACAACUGAUGAAGGCGUUGUACGUUUUGUCGGUUUAUCUCCUGGACAGUAUUAUGUACGUCCAAUGAUGAAGGAGUAUUCAUUUACUGUUAAGUCUCCUGAUCAGUCUGAAUCUGGUCAAGCUAUUCCUGUGCAUGUAGAAGAAGGAAAAUCGUCUGUCAUCAUAUUGUCUGCACUUCGAAUUGCUUUUUCCGCUUCAGGAGUUGUUACUUCGUUAGCUGGUAUCCCAGAGUCUGGUGUUUUAGUUGAAGCUUCCUGGCUACCUGGAACGCAAAAUACUGUACAUAACGAUUUGUUGCACUUAAAAUCAAAUAGCGACUUGACGUGCCAACUUCGAUAUGAUCAAAUCAAUAUCAUUCCACGGGAACAAUCUGUAACGGAUUCAAAUGGCAAUUUUCGUAUUAGAGGUCUUAUGCCAGGUUGUGUAUACAGGAUCUCUGUACAUACAAAUCCUAAUAUUUUACCAAAUCUUAUAUUGGAUCAAGUGACAAGGGAAUCAAGUAAACUAUCUUCUCGCAAUGAUGUUGAACACGCAGUUCCUGAUCAUAUAAAUUUGCAGAUGCUAACCACUGACACAAAUGGACUACAUUUCUACAUAAUUCGUCACCUUUGUACUUCUUUGAUUACUGUUAAUGUACAAACUCCUGACAGUUACCUGCCUACUUUACGAUUAAUCGUAUUUCCUGUUGGUCAUCCAGAAAAUAUUGUUGCUAAACAUGACUUUGGUAUAGAUUCUUCAUUAUUCAGUUUGUCCGGAUCAAAACUUAUUCCAAUGAUUGGACGAGAACAUGUGAUACGUUUAAUAUCAGAUCUUGAACCUAAGUUUUAUAUCAAUGUUAAUGCACAGAAUAUCGUUUUCAAACCAAAAUGGAAUGUUAUGAUUAGGUUAAUAUCUUCAAUAAUGGAUUGUCCCAUCCAUCUACAUGUCGAUUUAUGUCUAGUAUUCGUAUGUUUCUUACUUUGUGCUUAA